AUUACUGUAGAGAAGAUACUUAUUUUUUUCUGUUUCAUUAACAGAUUAUUAUAAAGCAAUAAGCAUACCGCAGAAAAAGCAGACGUUUGACUUUGGGAAUUAAUGAAAGGAUGUCUGCUCAUUUUUUGGAGGCGAGUUGUUGUCGUUUAAAAUCUUAUACCACCCCCACAAACAAAACUCUUUCGAAACGGUAAAAUACGGAAAAGGGAUUCCAGAGGCAUCCCUAAGCACCCAGCUGUCAGGCAUGAUAUCAUCGGACCUUAUGAAGCGGUCUAAUUUGGAAAUUUAAAGGUCAGCUGGGGAAAUUAUUUAAAAAGAAACCUAAACGGAGCUUUGGACCACCCCGAAGAAGACCGGAAGACAAGCUCGGGAGGCCGCGGAGAGGGCGCCCUGCGCCGGCGGCCCUGCCGCGGGGCGGAGGGCGGGCCUGAGUCCUGAGCGUGCCUUUCCAGCCCCAGCUGCACGCGCGGGGAGGGAAACGUUCAGAAGCAGCCACUGGGAGACAAAAGCCUCUUUUUGCCAGUCCAACAGGACAGGGCAUUCAGUGAACUCCGGCAGUUCUGGAAACGGGUCGGGACUAGGGUUGGCUCCACAGCGGCCGGGGCCUCCGCCCUCGCCGCCGCGGCCCCUGCGUUGCUGGGGGAGACCGCGCGGCUGCGACAGGGGAGGACGCGGCUGGAGCUCAAGGAGGCUCCAGCGCGCAGGCGCCGCCGAGCCCUGCCUGGAUGCUCAGUCAAGGCACCAAGGCAAAAAAAAAAAAAAAAAAAAAAAAAAAAAAAAAAAAAAAAAGAAAGAAAGAAAGAAAGGAGAAAACCCCCCGGCAAUAUAUAGAAAGAAGAAGCUAUAGUCUGUCGGGAUAUCCAACACCAACAGUACAUUCAGGCAAUGCAUCUUCAGUUGAGCUUAUUCAGAGCUCCAUUUCUGGAAAGCCUUGCAAGACUGAGGAAUAUCAGAUCGCGAAUCACCAGGAACAGAAGCAGUCUCCCCAUCUUCGCAUAUUCUGAUGGCAAAUCAAAUGGAAGAAAAGAGAAAGCAUGACUGCAGAUCGGAUCAGUUCUCUUUGUGGAUUACAUUUUCAGUAAAAUGUAUGGAUCUAUCUUUUCCUUGUUCUUCUAUCUAGAUCAUGAGACUUGACUGAGGCUGUAUCUUUAUCCUCCAUCCAUCUAUGGCGAACUAUAGCCAUGCAGCUGACAACAUUGUGCAAAAUCUCUCUCCUCUAACAGCCUUUCUGAAACUGACUUCCUUGGGUUUCAUAAUAGGAGUCAGCGUGGUGGGCAACCUUCUGAUCUCCAUUUUGCUAGUGAGAGAUAAAACCUUGCAUAGAGCACCUUAUUACUUCCUGUUGGACCUUUGCUGUUCAGAUAUCCUCAGAUCUGCAAUUUGUUUUCCAUUUGUAUUCAACUCUGUCAAAAAUGGCUCUACCUGGACUUACGGGACUCUGACUUGCAAAGUGAUUGCCUUUCUGGGGGUUUUGUCCUGUUUCCACACUGCUUUCAUGCUGUUCUGUAUCAGUGUCACCAGAUACUUAGCUAUCGCCCAUCACCGCUUCUAUACAAAGAGGCUGACCUUUUGGACGUGUCUGGCUGUGAUCUGUAUGGUGUGGACUCUGUCUGUGGCCAUGGCAUUUCCCCCAGUUUUAGAUGUGGGCACUUACUCAUUCAUUAGGGAGGAAGAUCAAUGCACCUUCCAACACCGUUCCUUCAGGGCUAAUGAUUCCUUAGGUUUUAUGCUGCUUCUUGCUCUCAUUCUCCUAGCCACACAGCUUGUCUACCUCAAGCUGAUAUUUUUUGUCCAUGAUCGAAGGAAAAUGAAGCCAGUCCAGUUUGUAGCAGCAGUCAGCCAGAACUGGACUUUUCAUGGCCCUGGAGCCAGUGGCCAGGCAGCUGCCAAUUGGCUAGCAGGAUUUGGAAGGGGUCCUACACCACCCACUUUGUUGGGCAUCAGGCAAAAUGCAAACACCACGGGCAGAAGAAGGCUAUUGGUCUUAGACGAGUUCAAAAUGGAGAAAAGAAUCAGCAGAAUGUUCUAUAUAAUGACUUUUCUCUUUCUAACCUUGUGGGGCCCCUACCUGGUGGCCUGUUAUUGGAGAGUUUUUGCAAGAGGGCCUGUAGUGCCAGGGGGAUUUCUAACAGCUGCUGUCUGGAUGAGUUUUGCCCAAGCAGGAAUCAAUCCUUUUGUCUGCAUAUUCUCCAACAGGGAGCUGAGGCGCUGUUUCAGCACAACCCUUCUUUACUGCAGAAAAUCCAGGUUACCAAGGGAACCUUACUGUGUUAUAUGAAGGAGCAUCAGUAAAUCUUUAGCCUUGUGAAACACUGACCUCUGCUAAACAAUGUGGCCUGUAGCCAUAGCUUGAGAAGAAAAUCAAGAAUGGGAUCAGCGGUUAUAAGGAUUUGGGCAACAUUCUGCAGUCUUUGCAAUAGUUCACCUAUAAUCCUAUUUUAAAUCUCAGAGUGAUCCUGCUGACUGCCGGUGAAGGUUUGUAAUUAAGAAAGGACUGAACCACUGCCCUAAGUUUCUUUAUGUGGUUGAAAACUUGAUAAUGAAAUUGGCAGGUGCUAAGUAUCAGUGCUAAAUGCUGUGUAUAUCACUACUUAUGAAAAAACAUCAAAAAAAAAUUAGCAUUGGACAUCUUAAUAAAUUAAGUUGACAUGAGGUAAAUGUAUUGAUAAAAACUAAUUUUAGAAGUUUGAAGACUUUAAACCAUUUCAUACUAUUAUUGUUUUGCAAAGAUGAAAAUAUUUGAGGACUUAAAGUACUGUAAUCCAGAAAAGACGUGCCAUCAAUUAUUGGAUUAUCACACUUAAAAAAGUUACUUUGUAAGUUUGGAGGAGCAUUCCAAAGCAGUAUAUUAGUUCUAAUUAGAGUUUACGUUUUUUAAAUUAAUACACUACUAUUUCUAAAUACCAUUUUCCUUACCUACUAGUGAAAUUGCUAGCAUUGAACUGUAUUACGUGGUUUUUGUUGAUUUGGUAUAAAAUGUUUCCAAUUCCUUUUUAUUUUGCGAAUGCUAGAUAUUGGUCUGGGAGGCAACAUUAAUGGUACCAACUGGUCACAAUUGAGCAGUUCUAAUAAAGCAUAAUAAACACAUGUUGCCUUAAAGGGUUAUCUAGUAUCUUUAUCUUAUUUUGCAUUGGAGCAAAUAGUCAAGGGAAAUCAAACCAGUACCUAGGUCAUGGUCAUGCAAAUGGAACUGCAUGGACGAUCAUUUAAUACUCUUCCCUUUUUCCUCACAUGGUUUGAAAAUUAAGGUGCACAUCACUGGGCUGAGAUGUUCUUGUGAGGUGUGCUACCCAUUCUAGUGUGUUCUAAGAAGGAGGCAGUUGAUCUAUGUUUAUAUUUUAAGUCAGCUGUCAAGGGGAGACCGCAGGCUUAGUAUGACAUCUGCACAAUCUGUGAAGUGUUUCUUCUACAGAAGGCACAGUCUUGUUUAUACUUUCUGCACAUUCAGUGUAUUGGUCAUUUAAAUUAUUUCCGAUUUACCUUGUGAAAGCUUAUAAUAUGAUUUCUGGUAUUUUAAAAAUACAUUAGAGUCUGUGAGUCUCAUUCUUUAAGAUAUAGAUGUGUGAUUUCAAUAUAAAGUUGCAUUUGCCAAAAUUUACCCGUGUAGCCUGUUAAUUUUCUUGGAAUAAAUUUUACAUUUUUUGCAAA